AUGAACGACGAGACCCAGAACAACAUUAACGACGAGUCUGUCGUUCACGUAGAUCCUCCCGUGGCCGAGGACAAAGAUGGGGAAACAGAAGAUCCAAAUGUUUCGAAAUCCCGUGAUGCUGACAUGUGCAAUCGUGCCACUCGGAGAGACCCCAGUGGCAAGCAUGAGAGAGGCACAACGUCACACGAAAUUGGCUUGCUGGAACGACUCCAAUCCCAAGAGCCCACACUCCAGUUUCUUCCCACUAAGACCAAGCCGCAGCAUCAAAAGAAACAAGACGGGGAUCCCCAGGGCAAGUGCGCCAUGGCGGAACAAGUCACUUCCCAUGGAGUCGUCACGAAGGAACUACUAGCAUCACCACUACCGCCUUCCAAAGCGGAUGCUGUCGAACCAUGGCAUGACAUGUUUGAGGCAUGGGCAGCAGUGGAAGAAGACGAAGAAGCUCAGCCAGGAGCCUUUCGACAAUUGCCCGGUGCUCCACCCGUCAUGAUGAUGCGUCAAAGACAGCCAACAGAUGACAUUUCCUACUCUGUUUCACAGCCGCCAUCUCUAUUGUUGGAAGAACACCAGCAGAUGCCAAUGCCACAGGAGACAUCCACCCUGGACCAUGAAGAAUCCGCCCAACAUCGUCGUCAAAGACAACAUCAUCGCCAACCAGACUCUGUGAACAGCAAUGAUAUGUUGGUAGAAGCCCAUCUGGUUGAAGAACAGGAUGAAACAAGGCAAGGGGAGUUGGUCACAGCAGAACCAAUGCCAACCAUCCGUACCGUCACUGCCAAAGAGUUCCUCCGCUCUCCAAAUGGCAAAAGAUUCCUCGUGGGUGGUAUACUUUGUGCUCUGAGUGUUGCGGGGAUUAUUGUCGGAGUCCUUGUAGGUGUUGUUUUUCCAAAGGAAACAAGUGCCACACAACCACCGACACUGGCACCGACGUCCUUUGUUGAAGAUCUCCUGCCAGCCUACACCCAACAGGCACUGAACGAUACAGAUUCUCCACAGGCAAGGGCAUACCAGUGGUAUCUGGAAGAUUUGGAGUACCAGGAAAAGAGCCAAGAAGAAGACGUUUCGUCGUUUGUGCCCCUCCAACGGUUUGUCUUGGCCACAAUAUACUAUGCCCUCCACGGUGAUGAUUGGGUUCAAAACACGAAUUGGUUGGAUCACACAACGUCCACAUGCAAUUGGUACUCUUCCUUUUUUGGGAGCAUUUGUAGCACCGGCCCACAGGUUCGUCGAAGACAGCUUGGUGGUGGCCAGGCACACCUCUUUCGACACUUGCAGAACGAAGAGCAACCUCGAAACUACUACAACCGUCUCUCUCUCUACCAAAACAACUUGAACGGAACUCUGCCCCCAGAGAUCAGUCUUCUGACCUACUUGGAUGUGAUCAAUCUGCACGACCAAUCUAUUUCUGGGAGAAUUCCAUCUGAAGCUGGUUUACUAGAAUACAUCACUUUGUUUCAGCUCUUCAAAAAUCACAUCCAAUCUACAGUGCCAUCAGAGCUAGGACUGUUGCCCAGAGUGAAGCAACUCAAUUUGGCAUUCAAUGAGUUGACAGGGACCAUCCCAAGUGAACUGGGGCAGCUGCACGGCAGUUUGGAGUCGCUGUCGCUUUCGAAUAACUUCAUCCACUCUGUGCUGCCGACAGAACUUGGGCUGUUGACAAGUUGCACUGCAAUGUACUUCUACAAUACACCCAACCUCACAGGCCCCUUGCCUUCGGAGCUUGGCGCCAUGGAUGCUCUCAGGGAGCUUCACCUCAAUGGUGCCAAUUGGACUGGCACCCUCCCUUCUGAACUGGGUUCAUUGGCUACCCUGACCGAUGUCUAUUUGAAUAACAACCGCCAUUUGGAAGGGACGAUUCCAUCCUCUUUGGGGCAACUCACUGAAUUGUCCAAACUAUCAUUGCACAAUACGAAUCUAUCUGGAUCAGUGCCCCCUGAACUAUGCAGCCUGUUGGCCGCAGGAACCUUGACGUCUCUCUCUGUCGAUUGUGACAAAGUGAGCUGUCCUUGCGAUUGUGACUGUUCCCAAACGACCGGCGAUCCUCCGUUUGAGUACGACGCGAACACUAGUGACACAAACGGCGGCAACGAAUCAGGCACAGUCGCCGACCCGAUGAAUUCACCCAAUGGAAGUCCCAAGGAAGAUGAAUGGGAUGGGGAGUUGAUCGAACUGCCCGACAUUUUCCCACAGUCAGAAGUAGAAACGGGGCUCUCUGGUGAUAGCAACGCAACACACCAACCAGAUUUCGGUAUUUUCGGAGGGUCUGGUGGUGGGGAAGUAGUCACGAAUCCUCCUCCUGCUACGUUAGCCCCCACGCAAAAUCUGGCAGAGACUAGUAGCCCUGCUGGCAUCACAGGGGAACUGGUUACGAGACCUGAGCUGUCAAUGGCUACUCCUCCACCCAGAACGGAUCCUCCAACGACUGUUCCGUCAGAGCCGAGCCCACCCCCUGGCGCUGGGGAGUUAGUCUCUUCUCCUCCUGUCGCACCAUCCAUGAUUUCGGAGCCGGAACGCCCUCCCGAACUUCUUCCUAUCAUACCGAUUGCUGCGACUUCACCUUCCUCAAUGAUAGGUGGAUGA